CGGAUCCACCCCCAAAUCCCAAUUCAGCCAAUUUUCAUGAGCAGGGCUGCGCAAUGCAACUCGUGGUGCCCAACUCGUGAGACGAUGAAGGCACAAAGAAGGGAAGAAACCGCAGCCUACUCUCUCUGUCACCCAUCUCAUCGCCCUUCCUCUUUGUCUUCUUCCGCAAUUUUUUCUUCCAUUCAUUUGUUCCUUCAUAGAGCGCACAUCUCCUUUUAACCCACGUAUUACGCUUAUCUAAAUUCCCCAUUUUUGUUUCUCUUCUUUAAUUUUUCAAUUUCUGAUGUAUUUUUUAAAUGGAGGAACUGUGGAUUCUGAUCUCAGCUAUUCAAAUUUUUGUAACCUGUUCUUUGAUUUUCCAUUCCGCGUUUGGUUCCUUAUCCGAUUUUUCGAUAAUUGAUUACAAUCCCAGCAACUCGGAUCUCAUCCACGGCGAUUACUCCCCGCUCGUGCCUCCUCCGCCGCACCCUCCUUCAAUCACGUGCGACGCUCUGCAAGGAAUCGGGUCCCUCAACACCACCUGCGAGCUCAAUUACAGCUUGAACUUUACAGGGGAUGUGUACAUCGAGGGAAAUGGGAAUUUAAUUGUUCUCCAAGGUGUGGUACUGAGUUGCCCUAUCCUAGGCUGUUCCAUUGAGAUUAACAUCACGGGGGAGUUCAGGCUGGCCUCCAACGCCCAUAUUAUAGCUGGAUCCGUGUAUAUAGUUUCGGGGAACACAACCUUAUCGGCUGGGUCGGUGAUCAAUGCUACUGCAUUGGCAGGUGACCCGCCCCAGAAUUCCAGGGGAACGCCAAAUGGGUUCCAGGGUGGUGGUGGGGGUCAUGGUGGUAGAGGGGCUAGUUGUUUGAUGGAUAAUAAGAAGCUUCCUGAGGAUGUGUGGGGAGGAGAUGCAUAUUCGUGGAAGUCACUGCACGAGCCCUUCAGCUUUGGGAGUAAAGGCGGGAGCACGAAUAGGGAUGAUGAUUUUGGAGGGAAAGGGGGUGGGAGGAUAUGGUUGGAGUCACGAGACACGGUAGAUGCUCAAGGUUUUCUUUUGGCUGAUGGUGGAGAUGGGGGGAUCAAAGGGGGAGGCGGCUCCGGGGGGAGUAUUUACAUCAAAUCAAAGAAAAUAUUAUGGAAAAUGUAGCAGUUAGUAUUAUGUGGGAGUGCAAGAGGAGCUACAAAUAUCCAACUGCAAGCAAUUGAAAUUCUUGGAAUUCUCCUAUAUCUUUCAGGCAGUAAAUUGGGACGGUCCAAAAAGAAAAGUGAGAAGAACAUUUUGAGACGGAGGGAGUAUCACAUAAACUUAUUGUGGUCUUCAUAGGAUGUCUUCAUUAACUAUGUGAAAAAGGAGUUAUUAUUUAUGACAGGAAGUGGUGGAAUAAGUGCUUCCGGGGGGCAAUGGAUUUGGCGGUGGAGGUGGUGGAAGAGUAUCUGUAAAUUCAUUUAGUAGGCAUGAUGACCCUAUAUUCUUUGUUCAUGGGGGGAGAAGUUUUGGCUGUCCUGCAAAUUCAGGUGCUGCUGGGACAUUCUAUGAUGCUGUUCCUCGAAGAUUAGUAAUCAAUAAUUACAACAUGUCAACAGACACAGAUACCCUUCUCUUAGAUUUUCCUAAUCAGCCACUCUUGACAAAUGUUUAUAUCCUAAAUCAUGCCCACGCAGCUGUUCCCUUACUCUGGAGUCGUGUCCAGGUCCGCGGGCAGCUUAGCUUAUCCAGUGGUGCCGUUUUAACUUUUGGGUUUGUGCAUUGUUCCUUAUCAGAAUUCGAGUUAAUGGCGGAGGAGCUAUUGAUGAGCGACUCAGUAAUCAAGGUCUAUGGGGCUUUGCGAAUGUCUGUGAAAAUCCACUUGAUGCUGAAUUCCGAAAUGCUUAUAGAUGGUGAAGGUGAUGCAAUUGUUGCAACAUCUGUACUUGAGGCUAGCAAUUUAGUUGUUCUCAAGGGAUCAUCCGUUAUACAUUCAAAUGCUAACUUGGGAGUUCAUGGGCAAGGUUCAUUGAACUUAUCCGGACCUGGAGAUCUUAUCGAGGCUCAGCAUUUAGUUUUAUCUCUGUUUUACAGCAUAAAUGUUGGUCCAGGAUCUAUUUUGCGUGGUCCAUUGGAGAAUAAUAGCAUCAAUAGCAUUGAACCACGGCUCUGUGAAGAAAUCCAAGAAUGCCCCAUUGAGUUGCUUCACCCACCUGAAGACUGCAACGUCAAUGGCUCAUUACCCUUCACCCUUCAGAUAUGCCGUGUUGAAGAUGCAUUUAUUGAAGGCUCUAUCGAGGGUUCUGUUGUUCAUUUUCAUUGGGUUAGAGCGGUACUCGUAAAGCCUUCUGGAACAAUAAGUGUUUCUGGUUUAGGUUGCAUUGGAGGGUUGGGCAGUGGUAAACUCUUUCCUAGUGGUCUUAGUGGUGGUGCUGGGCAUGGUGGCAGAGGUGGUGAUGCAUAUUACAAUGGGACCUAUAUGGGAGGUGGUCAUACAUAUGGUGAUGCUGAUUUGCCAUGUGAACUUGGUAGUGGAAGUGGAAAUUCUAGUGUACCAGGUGCUACUGCUGGGGGUGGAAUACUUGUAAUGGGAUCAUUGGAGCACUCCUUAUCAAGCUUGUCAGUGUAUGGUUCAAUUCAAGCCAAUGGAGAAAGCUUUGGAAAAUUUAUUAGAAAGGAUGGCCGUAUGGUUGUCUCGGAAGUAGGUCCUGGGGGUGGGUCUGGUGGAACAGUUCUUCUAUUCAUUCACUCUUUGAUACUAGGCAAUUCUUCUACUAUCUCAGCUAUUGGAGGUCAUGGUAGUUCUAAUGGUGGAGGUGGAGGUGGAGGAAGAAUUCACUUUCACUGGUCAGAGAUUUCUGUUGGAGAUGAGUACGUAGCUGUAGCAAAUGUGAAAGGAACUAUUACAGAGAGUGGAGGAAUUGGUAGAGAUCUCGGGAAAGCGGGAGAAAAUGGAACUAUUAGUGGUAAAGCCUGCCCAGAAGGGCUUUAUGGGAUAUUUUGUCAGGAAUGCCCAAUCGGAACAUACAAGAAUGAGAGUGGAUCUGAUAGAUCCCUUUGUCGUAAGUGUAAAUCUCAUGAACUUCCGCAGCGUGCAACAUAUGUUCUUGUUCGAGGUGGUGUAGCCAAUACUCCCUGUCCAUACAAGUGCAUUUCGGACAGAUAUCACAUGCCACAUUGUUUUACAGCACUUGAAGAACUGAUUUACACUUUUGGGGGACCAUGGCGGUUUGGUUUGAUUCUUUUUAGUCUUCUUGUACUGUUAGCCCUUGUUCUCAGUGUUGCUCGUGUGAAGUUUAUUAGUUCCGAUGAACUACCUGGCCCAAUCCCAGCUCGCCGUGGAUCUCCAAUUGACCGAUCAUUCCCAUUCUUGGAAUCGUUGAAUGAGGUGUUGGAAACCAAUAGAACUGAGGAAUCCAGUACACAUGUGCACAGGAUGUAUCUUUUGGGUGCCAACACUUUUAGUGAUCCCUGGCAUCUUCCUCAUUCUCCUCCUAAAGAAGUCACAGAAAUUGUGUAUGAGGAUGCGUUUAACAUAUUUGUUGAUGAAGUUAAUGAUUUGGCUUCUUAUGAGUGGUGGGAAGGAUCAGUCUAUAGCAUUCUCUCUAUUUCUGGGUACCCACUGGCAUGGUCAUGGCUGCAGUGGCGCCGGAAGAAGAAAAUUCAACGCCUCCGUGACUUUGUUAGAUCAGAAUAUGAUCAUGCUUGUUUGCGGUCCUGCCGUUCACGUGCACUCUACGAGGGUCUCAAAGUGUCCGCUACUUCAGAUCUUAUGCUGUCAUAUAUAGACUUUUUCCUUGGUGGAGAUGAGAAGCGAGCAGACAUGCCUCCCCGCCUUCAUCAACGGUUUCCAUUGUCUGUAGUCUUUGGAGGAAAUGGAUCAUACAUGGCUCCUUUCUAUCUCCACAGUGAUAACAUACUAACUAGCCUACUGAGUCAGUCAGUUCCACCAACAUUGUGGUACCGUCUGGUGGCUGGUCUGAAUGCCCGACUUCGUUUAGUUCGCUGUGGACAUCUAAGAGGUACCCUAUCCCCAAUUAUUAAUUGGCUUGAGACUCAUGCGAAUCCUUCAUUACGUGCACAUGGCAUACACAUUGAUCUAACCCGCUUCCACCCCUCUGCGAGUGGAUAUCAUCAAUUUGGACUUCUGCUAUGCGCUGUGGAAAAUGAUCUUGCACCUUCAUCCAUCGACUACCCGAGAAAAUCUCUCACGAAUGAAAAACAACCGCGGUUGCCCGGUACACGUUGGAGAAGAGCAUUUGAUCUUGUUCGAGUUAAUGAGCAUGUUUUAACACAAAAGAGGAUACUUCCGGGAGAAAUUUUGAACUCUAGGAACAUGAAGGCACUUAAAGAGAGAUUCACUGUCGGUUAUCUCUCUUAUUAUAUAGUGUGUAAUACUAAACCUAUUGGCCAUCAGGAUCUUGUUGGUUUGGUCAUCUCAAUACUCCUCUUAGGAGAUUUUAGCUUGGUCUUGUUAACAUUACUUCAGUUGUAUUCUAUCUCUCUACUGGAUGUGGUUCUGGUCUUGUCUAUUAUUCCACUUGGCAUACUUCUGCCUUUUCCAGCAGGGAUUAAUGCGUUAUUCAGUCAUGGACCUAGACGUUCAGCAGGUCUUGCUCGGGUUUAUGCUCUAUGGAAUAUAAUCUCUAUCAUCAAUGUCGUGGUCACAUUCUUAUGUGGAUUUGUUCAUUUUGAAAGCCAGUCAUCAUCAGCAACUAAAAAGCUUUUAAACAUCCAAUCCUGGAAUUUUAGCAAGGAUGAAACUGGAUGGUGGAUGCUGCCAUUGGGACUUGGUUUAAUUAAAAUCGCCCAAGCUAAACUUAUUAACUACCAUGUGGCUAACCUUGAGAUACAGGACCGCACGUUGUACAGUAAUGAUCCUGAUGUGUUCUGGCGCUCAUGAAUGGCCGUUCAAUGACCACAUCGAGAUUUUCAAAUGACACUUAGUACAUAUUCUUUGUUCACUCUUCCUAGCUAAGCUUAUUUGUUGAGGUAGGUCAGGCGGGGUAGGAUGUAAUGAGGUUCUGUCUGGGGCCAUUUUAAGUUACCCAGUCAUUGAUACUCAUAACUUUUGCCGAGACAUUUGGAGACAUUUGGAGAAAUAUUUUUCACAUAUGUGAUAUGUGACUUGUUUUUUCAUUGACUAGGUAACCUAUUUUUUUAAUCUCAGAAGGGUAAACCACCAAAAAAACAUGGGUAAAUGCUUGGUAUUGUUUACAUAUUACUCCCACCGUCCCUUAUAACUUUGUUAUCUUUUCAUUUUUUAUUGUUCCAAAAACUUUACCACUUUUUCUUUCA